CACUGCUGCAGGUGGCCGUAAAAGGAAGGGCACCGGGCUGGAGCGGAUUUGCAAGGGGAUGGGAGUCAAGCUUACCAUUGAGAUUCCUCCAGGGCUGAAACGUCCUGAGAAGCCUUUGCCUGCUGCCAAGUUUGCAUCGGAGGGUGGAAUGCUUGCAAGAGGCCAGAUGCCGCUCCUUCCGCAUUUCAAGUUGUACAAGAGGGAUGAGAAUUUGUUGGCCGACUUCGUUGGAAAGAUGGGGGCAAAUUUCAACAUGGACACAGAGUCGGAAGACAUCCAGAAGGCUUGCUAUGACGUACUGCGGAAAGUGUCGAAGAACAGGCGCUACAUCCUGAAAAGGGACUACUUCGACAAAGUACCAGCAAAUGAAGUCAGCAUCAAGUCCCCUGUUAAGGAUGUCUCAGAUGAAGAAUGGGAAGCUCUAACUGCUCUGUGGGUAACCCCAAGACACAGGAACACAUGUACCAAGAACAAGGACAGUCGUGCUGCGGUCAAAUUUGGCCAAAAGACUGGCUCUCGUAGCUAUGCUGCUCAUCUGUAUGCAACUAGGGAGGAGCGCAGAGGUGAAGAGCUAGAUGCAGUCGACAUCUUUAAGGCGACCCAUCACGAGCAAGAAGGAUGGUUUCUCUGA